ACAAGGCUUCUUUAUAAUUUUCCUCCACCUAUAUAUAUAAUCAUUUUUGUUUCUGAUUUUAGUUUUUCCUAAUCGCCUAAUAAGAAAAAGAAACCGAUUUACUACCCUUUUGCGUUUGUUCCAUUGAUUUCUAGAGCUUCAUGGCUGAAACCGCCUCUAACUCCGCCCCUUCCACCACUACCACCGCCGAGGCGCCAGCGCCUCAAGAAACCAAAAAGACCACCGAGGCACCAGUAAGAUGGGCCGAUUUGGAAGACGAAGCUUCGGAAGAACCGAGUGCUUUAUCGGAAGACAAAGGUGCGCCGGAACUCGGAGUUGAAAACCUAAAAAUCGAUGAGAGCAAAAAGAUCAACAAGUUCCUCGACGAACCCGAGGACUCCAACAUCAAAGCCGUCACAGCUGGGGAGACACCAUACACUUCAGCAUUUACGUUUGAGGAAUUGAAUCUGUCCCCUGAAUUGUUAAAAGGGCUAUAUGUUGAGAUGAAAUUUGAAAAGCCUAGCAAAAUCCAAGCUAUUAGUUUACCGAUGAUUUUGACGCCUCCUCACUUGGAUUUAAUUGCUCAAGCUCACAAUGGUUCUGGUAAAACCACUUGCUUUACUCUUGGAAUGCUGUCUCGUGUUGAUCCGAAUCUAAAAGCUCCUCAAGCACUUUGCAUUUGUCCUACUAGAGAACUGGCUAUUCAGAAUUUGGAAGUGCUUAGGAAGAUGGGGAAGCAUACUGGGAUAACAUCAGAAUGUGCUAUUCCAAUGGAUAGUUCCAAUUAUAUUCCAAUUAAUAAACGGGCACCCGUUAUCGCUCAAGUAGUUAUUGGUACUCCUGGCACUAUUAAGAAGUGGAUGUCAGCAAAGAAAUUGGGUGUGAGUAAUGUGAAGAUUCUUGUGUUUGAUGAAGCUGAUCACAUGCUGGCUGAGGAUGGUUUUAAAGAUGACUCCUUGAGAAUAAUGAGGGAUAUUGAAAAGAUGAGUUCUCACUGCCAGGUUCUUCUGUUUUCUGCCACAUUUAGCGACACUGUGAAGAAUUUUGUCUCAAAGAUAGUCAAGAGAGAUCACAAUCAACUUUUUGUCAAGAAGGAAGAACUAUCUUUGGAGUCUGUGAAGCAAUACAAGGUGAAUGUUCCAGAUGAACUUUCCAAAGUUUUGGUGAUUAAAGAUAGAAUUUUAGAAUUUGGAGAGCGCCUAGGGCAGACUAUAAUAUUUGUACGCACAAGGAAUAGCGCAAGCAUGUUGCAUAAAGCACUUGUUGAGUUUGGUUAUGAUGUUACCACAAUUCAAGGUGCUCUCAAUCAAGCUGAACGAGACAAGAUAGUCAAAGAAUUUAAAGAUGGUUUGACUCAAGUGCUCAUUUCAACGGACCUCCUUGCCCGGGGUUUUGACCAACAACAGGUUAAUUUGGUCAUCAACUAUGAUCUUCCUGUAAAACACGACAACCGUGUGGAGCCUGAUUGUGAGGUUUACUUGCAUAGAAUUGGCAGAGCAGGACGUUUUGGCCGCAAGGGAGCCGUGUUCAACUUACUCUGUGGUGAUAUGGACCAAAUGAUAAUAUCCAAAAUCGAAAAUCAUUUUGACAGCAAAAUAGCAGAGGUUCCUGACUGGAGGAAUGAGGAAGACUUUAAAGCUGCUCUCCGAUCAGCCGGUUUAUUAUGAACGGAAACCCUUCUGUCAAAGCUAUCUUGGUGAAAUGCUAGAGAAGAGGAACAAACAGAUUGUGCUUAUAGUAUGCUGUAUACUCGACUAUUUGUGCCCGAUUCUGUUGGUUUGAUUUUGAUUUUUGUUACUUGCACCAUGUUUUAGUAAGUUGCUGUAUGAGUAUUUGAACGGAGGAAAAGGGCAUAGAGUCAUAUGUGGUCUCAAAUUGGAUGCGAAGUGGGGGUAUUAUGACGAUUAUAGUAUGUAAUUUAUGUUCUGAAACUAAAAUUUGUAAUUUGCCAGCGGAUUUUCUUGGUUCAAGUUAAUGAGAAAACAGGAUUUCCACUCGGUA